UUUGUCAUGCUUCUGAGCUGUGAACAGAUCUUGAACAAACUUGAGACAAUGGACUGCCUCUUACACAAAAGUAUAACUUGGUUACUCAGCACUUGAGUCACGGCUGAAUGUGUGAAAGGACUUGAAAACCAAUGGCUGAUAUCCUGACCAAAUUUACUAGAGGAAGUCAUAUUGAAAUUUAGUAGUCCGUUAGCGUGACUCCUGAGUAGUUCUGUUGAGUAAUUUAUUCAGUAUGUCAGUCGUGUUUAUGGAGAUAUUAGGGAAGAUCAUUGUGAUGGUUUGUUCAUGCAAGCAGUUCACCAUCUGAUGCUGUAGCCGUUGAGUGAUGGGCAACAUGCACUGUGAACUAACUCUUAAUUUCAGGUAAAUAUGUUAGGGCCUGAGUGCAUUACAUUGAAGACUUUCUGAUUAGAAGAAUGUACACUGAAUGUAGUUUUCUGAAAUGUUAUAAUUAAUUCUCCAAAAACAGUUGACUUAAUCUUUAUUCGUAAGUAGCACAAUGUCCUGAAAAUGUCUGCAUUUGGCAAGUAAUUUUGAGCCAGACUGCAUUACACUUACAGAAUACAAUAAUUGCAGUAUCAGCAAUAUCAAAGGUGGGAGAAGGUUCAUUGAAGCAUAAUUAAUUACUCUGGGCACUUCUGGGUGUGCAGAUAUAGUGGUAUCUUCUUGUUUACAAAGUUUUCAUAAGUCUGAAUUGGGAAUUUUUGAUAAUCACACAGGAAUAUGAUGGCUUAGACUUCUUCCAACUAGAGAGAUACUGAUGUUUGUACAGGCAAAUUUCUGAUAUCAAGGUUGAGAAUUGCUGGGAAUUUUAGAGAAAUGUUGUGCACUGGAACAGACUGUACUGAACUAAACUGGACUGUACUGGACUAAACAGAUCAGUGAACUGAGCUCUUUAUUCCUCUAACCUGCCUUGGAAAAAUGCGAGUGGUGAAGGGGUGAACUACUGCUGUUGUAAAAGGGGAUCUAACUUUGAAAUGGAAAUAGUAGUGGAGGGAAAAGUUACUGAAGUGAUCUAAUUAAUGUAUCAAAACAAUUAUAAAUCUAUUUCAGGAUGCUGAAGUAACAUCUUCAGAGAAUCCUGGUCACAACUGUGAAACUAUUUGCCUCUGAAGAGGUGGAUAGGAUGAGAGAGAGAGAGAAAGAGAGGGAAGAAACCAUUCUUCAGCCUUUUAACUUUUUAAAAAAGAACUGUCUUUUAAAAUCAAAGAACAAGAAAAGGAAAGAUGCAGACAGAGGAAGAUGAGAAAAUAAAGAAAAAGAGACGAGUGUAAUAGAAUAAAGGAGAAAGAGAAAGCAAGCAAGAGAAAGCGUAUAGCAUUUAGCCCUCGCAUUCGUGAAGAUUUUAAACCAAAUAUAAAACUCACUUACUGUAGUGGCUAGAAUGAAGACAGUGAUAAAAGUGAAACCAUGGCUGAGGAACUGAGCCUUGUGCAGAAAAGUUGGAGGAAAGAACAGUGGAGACAAAGGAAGAUCAGAUGGAAGGAGCACAAGAGACAGGCAGAAGGGAAAAGAAGCUAGUGUGUUUGAUUUUUGGUUUUCCUGCAAAGACAACAUAAUGGUCCCUGGUUUGAUAUGUACCUAAAGGCACGUGAAUCGGUCGUUUUGAAUUAUAAUCCAUUCAUGGCUUUCAAUCCUGAUCCCAAAGCUGAAUAUAAUGACCAGCUCAUAAGAGCAACUAACAUGACUGUUUCUGCUUUGCGUUUCUUGAAGACUCUCAGGGCUGGCUUUUUAGAGCCAGAGGUUUUUCAUCUCAACCCAUCCAAAAGUGACACUCAAGCUUUUAAAAGGUUUAUUCGAUUCGUGCCUUCAUCUCUCUCAUGGUUUGGUGCCUACAUGGUAAAUGCCUACCCGCUAGACAUGUCGCAGUACUUCAGGCUUUUCAAUUCCACACGAUUGCCUAAACACCACAAAGACACGCUAUUUACAGAUGAAAAUGAGAGGCAUUUAUUGGUGCUCAGAAAUGGGAACUUCUAUAUAUUUGAUGUAAUGGAUAAAGAUGGAAAUAUAGUGAAGCCUUCAGAAAUUCAAGCACACCUAAAAUACAUCCUUUCCGACAACAGCCCGAUUCCUGCAUUCCCUCUUGCAUGCCUGACUAGUGAGAACCGGGAUGCAUGGGCAGUGCUGAGACAGGAGUUACUUAAUAGUGGUAAUCAGGAAGCCCUAAGAAAAGUGGAUUCAGCAGUAUUCUGUCUGUGCCUUGAUGACUUUCCAGUUAAAGACUUCACCCACUUGUCCCAUACCAUGCUCCAUGGUGAUGGCAUCAACAGAUGGUAUGACAAAUCAUUUAACCUUAUUUUAACCAAAGACGGCACUGCAGCAAUCCACUUUGAACACUCCUGGGGAGACGGUGUGGCUGUGCUGAGAUUCCAAAAUGAAGUGUUUAAAGACAGCACUCAGACACCUGCUGUCACAUCCCAGUCUCAGCCAGCUGCCGUUGAUUCUUCCAAAGCUGUGCAGAAACUAAACUUUAUACUGAAUGAUGCUUUAAAAGAAGGAAUUACCAAAGCCAAACAAAACUUUGAUGCUACUGUGAAAACGCUGACUUUUGAGACCCUUCAGUUCAAACGAGGGGGCAAGGACUUCUUGAAGCAGCAGAAGCUAAGUCCUGAUGCCAUAGCUCAGCUUGUGUUCCAGGUGGCUUUUCUACGGCAAUAUGGCCAAACUGUUGCCACCUAUGAAUCUUGCAGCACAGCAGCGUUCAAACAUGGUCGCACUGAAACCAUCCGUCCUGCCUCAAUUUAUACAAAGAAAUGUGCCGAGGCUUUAGUCAGAAAGUCAUCCAAACACAGUGCAGCAGAACUGAAAGAGAUGAUUGCAGAGUGCUCAAAGUAUCAUGGGCAGCUCACAAAAGAAGCUGCUAUGGGUCAGGGAUUUGACCGUCAUUUGUUUAGCUUGCGGCAUUUUGCAGAAUCCCAAGGAACUCCCUUGCCAGCCCUUUACCAGGACCAAGCUUAUGUCCAGAUUAAUCACAACAUUCUCUCCACAAGCACCCUGAGCAGCCCAGCUGUCCACAUGGGUGGCUUUGCACCAGUGGUGCCCAAUGGUUUUGGAAUAGCCUAUGCAGUGCAUGACGACUGCAUUGGAUGCAACGCUUCUGCCUACCCAGCUAGGAAUGUGCAAGAAUUCCUCCAAUGUGUACACAAAUCACUAGAAGAUAUUUUUAAUGUUUUGGAAGGUAAACAGGUUAGUGAUUAAGACACAGCAGGGCUGGUCUUUUUAAAUGCAUUGUACUAUCAGACAGUCCAGUCAGAGGAAUGCUGGAAUUGGAGUUUAGCACCUACUACCUUGUAAUUCCUUUUAAAAAUGUCAGGUCUUGAAAAAAUAAUGCAUUUGUAAUUCUGUAUAUGGAUUGUAAUGCUAUUGACUGUAAAAGUAGUCCAGUACUACCUUUGUAUGAAGGGUCAAAACUUGAUGCCAAUUUCUGCUUUUUAAAUUUUCAUAAAUACAACAAACCCACACCAGGCGGUUAUAAGCUCUAGGAGGGAGGAAAGCUUUCACUGGUACCAGUGGAAACUUUUCUCCUGGAGUGUUCAGCAGUUUAGGUGGGGAGGGAAUGUUGGGAUCAUAGCACAGGGGGAAUGUAUUAAGUGCCUGUGCUUGGUAUGCCACAGUCUUGCUGCUUGAUUCCCCUGCUGUUUUAUUUAAAGGGGGGGGGGGAAGGAAGUAACCCUGAAGCAGAAAUGACAUGGUUACUAUCUCAUCUGUUUUGACUACAAGAUCCUAGGACUGGACCAUAGGAUUUCCUUUCUUGUUCAUAUACAAAUCAGGUUUCAGAUUACAUAUUAAGAUCAUGUCCAUGAAUUUAUAGGAGACAAACUCUUAGUUCACAGCAUAUAUUCUGUCAGUGUUCAGAUGCAUAAUGCAAACAUCCUUUAAGCAGCUUCUUCUGUAAACAGAUAACAAGAAGAAUCUUCUCGAGCAAGCAGAAGUUUUCUUAACUAGCUGAAAGAGAAGUGUUAGGGCUUCAUGUUCUUUCCUCAAAUUUGAUCAGUAUGUGACCUAAGGAAAGCUCUUGGUUUCUUGAAAAUGACAUCUGCCAGAACAGCAAAUAAUCUCAUCAGCAAGCAAUACUUUCAGCUAAACUAAGCUUUGAAUACCCAGACAACAGGCCUUCAGUGUUGAAAAAUGCCACAUUCAGUAUCCAGUAGGCUAAAUAGAAACUUUGGGCUGUAAGUCAGACUGAAGCCAGCCAAGUCUGAUCAUAGAUACAUUGCAGAUGGAUAUACAGGAGACCCUUAUUUUCUGUAGGUUCUUCCUGCAUGGCCUCGCCUAUUAGCAGAGCCCUUGCCUGCAUAGCAGUUCAAUUAUUGCAGGGGAAGUUUGACUUAUUCCGUUUCCUACCUCAGCACUAGCUGGAUUUCCAGCUACUUGUGCUGCCUCUUAAAGCCUCCCUGUGUGCCAAAUGGGAAGUGGGGAGAGUGGCCAUUUAAAUGGCUGCCCAGCGGGAGGCUUACAGAGGGGCAUAAACUAGGUGGGUGCCUUCCUCACUGCCUCUUUAAACCUUCUGAGGCUUGGAGAGGGGGCAAGGAAGGCACCCAGUCACUCAUGCCGCCUCUUAAAGCCUCUCUGCAUAACAGCUGGGCAACGGCAAGAGUGGCUGUUUAAAUGGCCACUCUCCCUGCUUCCCAGUUGGUGUACAUGGAGGCUUUAAGAGGCAACAUGAGUAGCAGCCACUUGCAUCACCGGAGUGUUGAACCUAACCCCAUUUUUUAGGUUAAGCACUCAAAUAUUGUGGUUUCUUUGUUUGUGGGAACCCAGAACAGAAUCCCCGCGAAAAAUGAGGGCCUCCUAUAAAUCCAGAUUUAUAUGCCUACAAUACCAAUGUUAAUAUUACUUUGCACUGAAAACAUUUAUUCACAAUGAAAUCAACACUUAUUGAAAAAAUGUGAACUAUAACAUUUUCUUAAAUGCAAAAAUACAAUUUGUACAUGAAUUUACUUAGAAAAGCUAACUUUUCUUGAGGUGUUAAAUAGAAUAUCAGCCUAAAUGUGCCUUUAUGUUGGAAACUAUUUUGCUAUACUAAGGAUUAAAAUGAACAGUUUUAAUGCAACUGUGCAUUAAAUAUUGGUUUAACCAUAUCAUGUAAUUAUGGAAUUGUUUUGGUUAUAGUAAGUGCCUAGAAACAUAAUGAGGUGGUGUGUAGAGCCUGGAAGGGUUUGGCGGGGAGACUGGACUUAUCCCUGCAGACGAUCAGUUGGGAAGCCCUGGGUGGCCAAAUCAGCCACCCACACGAUUAGCCACUCCACACGUCACGGAGCCAGUGGGGGCUGUGGGGAUCAGGGACCAUCUGGCCUCCACAAGUCCCAGGAUGCCCCACACAAGUGUGCAGGGCAUUCUGGGAGGGAGUCCCGAGGCCAGGAGUCUUGUUGCCUCCCGGACAGGGGUCUACUCGUGUGUCGCCAUGUGCUGCUGCAGCAUACGAUUAGGGGGAAAAAGGUCCAUUAACCUCGUUUAAGGGGAGGGGGAAUUAGGCAGGCUAGCCACUGUGGAACCACCGGGCUUGCCUGCAAGCCCAUUGGUUCCAACGAUCACUAGAAAGCAGGCUAGGUUCCCUUAGCUCAUUUUCUAGUGAUCGUGGGAACCGGCUCAAUGGCUGACAUCUGACAAAGCCCUGCUACUGGUUAACGCCAUGUGUGGUACAGGGGAGACGUGAUUUUAGUCUCUCCCUCCACUCUGAAUAAGACCAUGGGUCCUGAAGGGCUGCACAACCCUUGGGUAGAUAUUUUGGGAGUUGCCAUCCAUUUCACAGGAAGUGGGAGAUCAAUGGAAACUCUCUACAUUGUAGCAUGCAUGCAGCAUCACUCCAUCCACACUUCAUCAGUGUGGAUGUUGGCCAUUGUCUCAUGAGCAAGAUCACGACUGCCUUGGGCCUGAUCCAGUAGAGCUGCUAUUGUGUAAGACACUUUUGACUGUGUAUGGUGUACGGAAGAUCCAUGGACUUUGCCUCUCCCCUGCCACAAUCCACUCCAUUCAAAAGGUCCCAUAACUUCAGGAGUGGCUUUUUGGGAGACUUAAAGUCUGCAGUGGGAAAAAGGAGGUAAGAAAGCCUCAUUGUGUGAGCAGAAAUUGUUUGUCAUUCUCUAGAGCUCACCCAGUGUUUGAUUGUAAUGUCAAAGAGUCCUAGAUUUUUAUAUUUUCUGUAAUAAGAGCAUGCAAGAAGGGGCUACUUUACUUGGAGAUGUAUGAGAACCAUAAAGACUGUCGGAGACAUUUUUGCAGCAAUUCAGUCUCUCCUUGCUUUGAAAGAAUAUUCAAAAAAGGCUAACUAUAACUUGGGAGCUUAGGAUCCCAUCUUUCUCCUAAUUCUGUUUGUAUAUCUUACAUAAAUCAAAUCACUGAUAUUCAAAAAAAGUCUUAAAUCCAUGCAUCAGUCUAAAUGAAUUCUAUACUUGUAACCAUGAA